CAUUCGUAAUACAUCGUUUCAUUUGUUCAACUGAAAAUUUUUUAAGCAAUCGGGAUCGUCUGUUUCAAAACCGCAGAAUAUAUAAUAAAUAAAAUAAAGAAAAAUUGUAUAUAUUAAAAAUAAACUUUAAAUUUUCAUCAGAGAAUUAAGCAAACGGAAACACAGGAGCAGUGAAAAUGGCCGAAGAUUUCGAUGUGGAAGCCAUGCUAGAGGCACCAUACAUGAAAAAUAACUCCUCUCAUACAACUGAUAAGGAAGGAAGAGACGAAUAUUACUACAAUUCAACCCAUAGCACACAGGAACGCACAGAAUCUUAUGAGCGUAAUGGUGGCCGACGUGGUCGUACAAGUCAUAGUCGUUCAGGUUCCCGACCAACAGAAGAUCGUAAAGCGCAUAAAUCAAAAGACAGUGAUCGUUAUAAGGAAGGAGAAAGCAGUUACCGUUCAAAAGAUUAUCGCAAAUCGUCUAGAGAACGCGAAACUCAUCGUGAUCGCGAUAAUGAACGUGAAAAGGAACGUAAUUUUGAUCGCGACUUCGAACGUGAUCGAGAACGUGAUCGGGACCGGGAUCGUGAACGCGAUCGUGAACGUGAUCGUGAUCGUAACCGUGAAAAAGAUCACGAACGAGACUAUGAAAAAGACUACGAUCGUGGUGACCGUAGCGAUCGUGCUGACCGCAGCGAUCGUGGUGAUCGUGGCGAUCGCGGUGACCGUGGCGAUCGUGGUUUUGAUCGCGAAAAAGAUCGUGAAAGAAAUCGCAGCCGCUCAAAAGAACGUGAAAGGAAUCGCAGCCGCUCAAAAGAUCGACGCCAACGUAGUCGGUCCAAAGAACGCAAUCGUAGUAGGUCACGCGAUAGACGUUCAAGCAGACAACGCUCAGAACGUCGUCGUAGCCGAUCUCGUGAUAGGCGUGAAAGAUCUAAAGAUCGCCGUUUAAGUCCUGUAAAAGAACGUAGACGUAGUCGUUCAAAUAAAAAUUCACGUUCUCGCGAACGAAGUAACCAAGCCACUUUACAGCAACAGAUAAUCGCCACUACAAAGAACAAUCGAAGGCGAAGCUACUCCCCUCGACCGUUUCGCCGUGGCCGUACACCACCAAAUGGACUAGGUGAUCGUUCGCCUCGCUCAGAUCUCAGUCCAGAAGAACGGGAUGCGCGUACAGUAUUUUGUAUGCAGUUAUCGCAGCGUAUAAGAGCACGUGACUUAGAGGAGUUCUUUUCAAGUGUUGGGAAAGUCCGUGAUGUUCGUUUGAUUACAUGUAAUAAGACCAAACGUUUUAAGGGCAUUGCUUAUAUUGAGUUCAAGGAUCCUGAAUCUGUUGCACUUGCACUAGGUUUAUCUGGUCAAAAAUUAUUAGGGGUUCCUAUAUCAGUACAACAUACACAAGCUGAAAAAAAUCGCAUAGCCAAUUCUGUACCUAUAUUUACGCCCAAAAAUCACACGGGACCAAUGCGAUUAUAUGUGGGCUCAUUGCAUUUCAAUAUAACUGAAGAUAUGUUACGCGGUAUCUUUGAACCUUUCGGUAAAAUUGAUUCUAUACAAUUAAUUGUAGAUAACGAAACAGGACGUUCGAAAGGUUAUGGGUUUAUAACGUAUCACAAUGCUGAAGAUGCCAAAAAAGCAUUAGAACAAUUAAAUGGUUUCGAAUUAGCAGGUCGACCAAUGAAGGUCGGUAAUGUAACAGAGCGUUUAGAUAUGAACACAACAUCAUUGGAUACAGAUGAAAUGGACCGCAGCGGUAUAGAUUUGGGAGCAACUGGUCGUUUACAGCUCAUGUUUAAGCUGGCUGAAGGUGCAGGGUUAGCAGUGCCACAAGCAGCUGCAAAUGCUUUACUAGCUACGGCACCUCAGCCUGUACCUCAGGUACAAUCACAGUCACCGUCCAUUGCGACACAAUGCAUAAUGCUGUCAAACAUGUUUGAUGCACGAACAGAAACAAAUCCCCAUUUUGACAUUGAAAUACGCGAUGACGUUCUUGAUGAGUGUGCAAAACACGGUGGAGUUCUACACAUUUACGUUGAUAAAAGUUCAGCAACUGGUAAUGUUUAUGUUAAAUGUCCUAGUAUAACUACUGCUGUGUUAGCUGUUAAUGCGCUGCAUGGCCGUUGGUUUGCCGGACGAGUCAUUACAGCCGCAUAUGUGCCACUUAUAAACUAUCAUUCAUUGUUCCCAGACGCCAUUGCAGCUGUUAAUCUAUUAGCAUCCACACGUAAAGCUGGUGAUGAGUAAUGCGUAAAAAGGUCAGCUGCACAAUUUUUUAUAUUUGUAAUAAUUACAAAAGGAAAUAUUUGAUUUACAUUAUUUUUGUUUGGGCAGUCCUAAAAUGCAUUCCCGCCCUCUUUUCAGGCUUAAACGUCUACAUAGAAAUAUGAAGUUUAGAUAUUGCUUUUAAAUAAUUUUAAAUAUUUUAUAUAUAUAAGACAUAUAUAAUAUAAUUACUUGAAAGAAAAAAAUAAUAAAAGAAAUGUUGAAAGUAAUUGUAUUGAACGUAAAUGCUUCAAUUUAAAUAUUGUUUCUUUUUUUCUUUAAUAUUUAAUUUAAGUUACACAUUGUAUUCUAUAAACACAACAUAUACAUACACUAAAAAUGAGAAUAUGUAUUCCUCUAUAUAAGAUGACUAUAUACUUUAUUA